AUGGGGAGGAAGUUCUUGGGCUUCUGUAAUCAAGGGCAGUCUUCCUCGAGCUCAUCCACCAGCCAGAGAGAGUCCUUCCCAGGCGCUGGGAGGCAGUGUGGGAGUGCUAACAGCUUCCGCUCCCCGAGACAGCUCAAAAGCUACACAGCCUGCGGAAAGAUCUACAAGGCUGCCUGCCGGGGUGAUGAUGCCACGGUUAUGAGCAGACUCAAAUUUGGGAAAAAUGGCAUCAAUGAACCAGACAAGAAGAACAGAACUAUUUUGCAUUAUGCUUGCGCAUACGGCCAUCCUGAUGUAGUGAUCCUCCUAAUGGAAUGGAAGUGUGACAUUGACCUCCGUGACAGUGACAACAGCACGGCACUCAUUAAGGCUUCACAGCAUGAGCAGGAAGAAUGCAUGGCCAUUUUGUUAAGAUGUGGUGCCGACCCAAACGCAGCGGACAGCCGUGGGAACACGGCUCUGCACUAUGCCGUUUGGAGUAACAACACCUCGAUGGCAAAAAUACUGCUGGCACACGGUGCUAACGUCAGUAUAAGGAACAAGGAUGGCAUCUCACCACUUAUACUGGCUUUAACAGAAAACAAUAAGGACCUGGCAAAAAUUCUAGUUAAUCAGAGAUCAAAGCUAAAGGAAGUUGAUGAACUGGACAGGAAGUCCAUUGGAUCCAACUCUUGUGGUUUCAGUCAUUCAUCUAAAGAAUAUGAAGACAAGUACCAGAGGGUAAUUCAGCUACUUAUAGAAGAUGCAAGAACAGAAGAGAUGCAAGAUCAGUUACAGAGGUACAAUUUAAAGGAAUAUGACAAGGAAUUUGAGCACCCAUAA